CAAGGGUUUCAUCUGCAGAAACCCUAAUACCAUACUACCCUCCGCAAGCUGAAGAUUCACCGAGAUUCUGCUCAAUACAAAAAGGCUGGAGAUGGGUGAGGAAGUUAAGGCUAUAGUUCCUGAGUCAGUGUUGAAGAAGAGGAAGAGGAACGAAGAAUGGGAACUGGAAAAGAAACAGAAACUUGAAGCUGUGAAGAAGAAUAAUGCUGAGAAGCGGAAGUUGAUUUUCAAGAGGGCUGAGCAAUAUGCAAAAGAGUACAGCGAGAAGGAGAAGGAACUCAUUCAAUUGAAGCGUGAGGCAAAGUUGAAAGGAGGUUUCUAUGUUGACCCUGAAGCCAAGCUUUUGUUUAUUAUUCGGAUUCGUGGAAUCAAUGCCAUGCACCCAAAGACAAGAAAGAUUUUGCAGCUUCUGCGUCUGAGACAGAUCUUUAAUGGUGUUUUCCUUAAAGUCAACAAGGCAACAAUGAACAUGCUUCACAGGGUUGAACCUUAUGUGACAUACGGCUAUCCCAACCUGAAGAGUGUGAGAGAGUUGAUUUACAAGAGGGGUUAUGGGAAGUUGAACAGGCAGAGGGUUGCUUUGACUGACAACUCAAUUAUUGAACAGGCUCUGGGAAAGUAUGGCAUCAUCUGCAUAGAAGAUCUUAUCCAUGAGAUUAUGACCGUGGGGCCUCAUUUCAAGGAGGCAAAUAACUUCCUAUGGCCAUUUAAGCUGAAGGCACCACUCAGUGGUCUUAAGAAGAAGAGGAACCAUUAUGUUGAGGGAGGUGAUGCUGGAAAUCGUGAGAAUUACAUCAAUGAGCUUAUCAGGAGAAUGAACUAGGGCUCAAUAGUUUUGUCAAUUUAGUGGUCUGGGAAAAUCUUUGUUAGCAGGAACCUUUUUUCAUUUAUUUUGGAAGUUAGAUUCAAUUUUCGAGAGAGCUUUGAUAGUGACAUGUUUUUGCAUACUCUAUUUUACUUGAAUAUGAUGCAACCUCAAUCCCACAACUUAAGUUUCCACUAUUGUGAUUUUAAUAAGCAAAAUUUGCAGCU